AUGACAUCUCGGGAGCAGCUUGUACAGCAUGUGCUGCAGGAGCUGCAGGAGGCUGUGGAGUCCGAGGGCCUGGAGGGUCUUGUCAGUGCUGCUCUAGAGGCCAAGCAGGUCCUGUCUUCCUUCACCCUCCCCACCUGCCGGGAAGGGGGUCCCAGCCCCCAGGUGCUGGAGGUGGACUCGGUGGCCCUGAGCCUGUACCCAGAGGAUGCUCCCCGGAACAUGCUGCCGCUGCUGUGCAAGGGUGAAGGCAGCCUGCUGUUCGAGGCGGCCAGCAUGCUGCUGUGGGGUGACGCCAGCCUCAGCCUGGAGCUGCGGGCCCGCACUGUGGUGGAGAUGCUGCUGCACAGACACUACUACCUUCAGGGCAUGAUCGACUCCAAGGUCAUGCUGCAGGCUGUGCGCUAUUCCCUGUGCUCUGAGGAGUCCCCCGAGAUGACCAGCCUGCCAUCUGCCACACUGGAAGCCAUCUUUGAUGCGGAUGUCAAGGCCACCUGCUUCCCUAGCAGCUUCUCCAACGUGUGGCACUUGUAUGCCCUGGCCUCUGUCCUUCAGCGCAAUAUCUACUCCAUCUACCCCAUGCGCAACCUUAAGAUCCGACCCUACUUUAACCGUGUCAUCCGGCCCCGCCGCUGUGACCACAUACCUGCCACACUGCACAUCAUGUGGGCUGGCCAGCCUCUCACCAGUCACCUCUUCCGCCACCAGUACUUUGCCCCUGUGGUGGGGCUGGAGGAGGUGGAGGCUGAAGGCGCUGCUGGCUUGGCCCCAGCUCCUCCAGCCCUGGCCCGGCUGCCCCCACCAGCCAAGACCCUGGAGCAGCUCAGCCGGGAACCUGGUCUCAGCUACUCCCACCUCUAUGAGCGCUACAGCGUCACCAAGAGCACCUUCUACCGCUGGCGGCGGCAGUCCCAGGAGCACCGGCAGAAGGUGGCCGCCCGCUUCUCAGCCAAGCACUUCCUGCAGGACAGUGUUCACCGUGGGGGCGUCAUGCCGCUGCAGCAGUUCCUGCAGAGGUUCCCUGAGAUCUCCCGCUCCACCUACUACACCUGGAAGCACGAGCUCCUGGGCUCUGGUCCCUGCCAGGCCCUGGCCCCCAAGGAGGAGCUGGAGAAGCUGCCAGAGAUGCAUGUUGCUGAGGGGCUGGGAUGCUCCUCACUGGCCCUGUCAAGCCAGGGAAUGGUCCUCAUGCAGCGGGCCAAGUUGUACCUGGAGCACUGCAUCUCCCUGAACAUGCUGGUACCCUAUCGUUGCUUCAAACGCAGGUUCCCCGGCAUCUCCCGGUCCACCUACUACAACUGGCGCAGAAAGGCACUCCGAAGGAACCCCAGCUUCAAGCCCCCACCGGUCCCUUCAGCAUCUGGGGCAUCCCAGCCAGAGUCUGUUGUGGAAGAGGCCCUACUCCCUUGGAAGGGUGAGGUGGGAGAAGGGUCAGGGAAAGCAAGGCCGAGGGUGCCUCCCGUCCCCCGGGAGUCCCUGCGCCCUCGGGUGCCUCUGUCCCGGUGGCAGAGGCAUCUGCGCAGAGCUGCCCGCAAGCAGGUGCUGAGCGGGCAUCUCCCCUUCUGUCGUUUCCGCUUGCGCUACCCCAGCCUGUCCCCCUCAACCUUUUGGGUCUGGAAGAGCCUUGCCCGGGGCUGGUCCAGAAGCCUGUCCAAACUCCAGUUGCAGGUCUCCACUUUGGGCAAAGGGGAGGUGCAGCAGGCUGAGGAGAAGCAGGAGAAAGGAGCUGGCAGGAAUGUGACAGCCUCACCUGCAUGGGGCCCGCAGGUGGUCACUUCCCCAGGAGAAGAUCCACAGAAGGCACAGGGAGGGCCUUCUAGAGGGGGGGCCCUGCGGGAGGCGGUUGUGGUCCAGGGCCGGCCCCACGGUGGGUCCCUGGCCAGCCACCCUGUGGUGGCGGCAGCAGGUGGCAGGGACGGCCAGGUGCUGGUGAUGGACAUGCUCACCACCACAAAGUUCAAGGCCCAGGCCAAGUUGUUUUUGCAGAAGCGCUUCCAGUCGAAGAGCUUCCCCUCCUACAAGGAGUUCAGUGCCCUCUUUCCGUUCACUGCCCGCUCCACCUACUACAUGUGGAAGCGGGCCCUCUAUGAUGGCCUCACCCUGGUUGAUGGUUGA